AUGGGGCCAGCGCGGAGGUGGUAUCCGAGCGGAAGCCUAACGGGGCGGGGGAUUCUGCUUAGGGCGGUGGGGACACGUCCCCGGAGAGGAGGCAGCUCUGUGGUUCCGCUCUGGGUCGGUGGCGGAAGAGACCGGACGUGGCGUGAGUCGGCUGCGGGUAGGAGAGAAGGCUCGGUCCGGCGCGGAGGGCCACAUCUGGGCGGUGGAGAUCUAGGGGACGGGUCGUCGUCGCGGCUCUCGGUGGCGGUGGGAGAAGUGCCCAGGCCGCUGUCUGCGCCCCUGCGCGUCGCGCCCCGGACUCGAGUGAUGAGAGUGCAGGUCAAGUCCCAGAAAUCCUGGAUUGAAGGAGUGUUCGACAAGAGAGAAUGUAACAAAAUCAUACCCAGCUCAAAAGACCCUCACAGAUGUACUGCAGGAUGCCAGGUUUGUCAGAAUUUAAUCAGGUGUUACUGUGGGCGAUUGAUUAGAGACCAUUAUGGGAUAGAUUAUGCCUGGACCAUCUCAGCUGCCAACGGUAGUGAAAAUGAACAAUGGUCUGUUGAAAAGCACACAACGAAAAGCUCUACAGAUACAUUUGGCACAAUUAACUUCCAAGAUGGAGAGCACACCUACCACUCUAAGUAUAUUAGAACUUCUUAUGACACAAAGUUGGAUCAUCUGUUACAUUUAAUGUUGAAAGAGUGGAAGAUGGAACUGCCAAAGCUGGUGAUCUCUGUCCACGGGGGCAUCCAAAACUUCAAGAUGCCCUCCAAACUUAAAGAGAUCUUCAGCCAAGGUUUGUUCAAAGCUGCAGAGACAACAGGAGCGUGGAUAAUAACUGAAGGCAUUAAUACCGGUGUGUCCAAACAUGUUGGGGAUGCCCUGAAAGCCCAUUCCUCCCAGUCCUUGAGAAAAAUCUGGACAGUUGGAAUCCCUCCUUGGGGUGUCAUUGAGAACCGGAAAGAUCUCAUUGGAAGAGAUGCGGUGUGCCUGUACCAGACUCUGGGGAACCCCCUCAGCAAACUCACCACACUCAACUGCAUGCACUCGCACUUCAUCCUGUCCGAUGAUGGCACCGUGGGCAAGUAUGGCAAUGAGAUGAAGCUCAGGAGGAACCUGGAAAAGUACCUCUCUCUGCAGAAAAUACAUAGCCGCUCAAGACAAGGAGUGCCUGUGGUGGGGCUGGUAGUGGAAGGUGGUCCCAAUGUCAUCCUCUCAGUGUGGGAGACUGUGAAAGACAAAGAUCCAGUGGUGGUGUGUGAAGGCACAGGCAGGGCUGCCGACCUCCUGGCCUUCACCCACAAACACUUUGCAGAUGAAGGGACCCUGCGUCCUCAGGUGAAGGAGGAGAUCAUCUGCAUGAUUCAGAACACUUUCAACUUUAGUCUUAAACAGUCCAAGCACCUUUUUCAAAUUCUGAUGGAGUGUAUGGUGCACAGGGAUUCUAUUACCAUUUUUGAUGCUGAUUCUGAGGAGUCACAGGACCUUGAUUUAGCAAUCCUAACAGCUCUGCUAAAGGGCACAAAUUUAUCAGCAUCAGAACAAUUAAAUCUGGCAAUGGCUUGGGACAGGAUGGACAUUGCCAAGAAACAUAUCCUAAUUUAUGGACAACAUUGGAAGCCUGGCUCACUAGAACAAGCAAUGUUAGAUGCUUUGGUGAUGGAUCGAGUGGAUUUCGUGAAGCUCUUAAUAGAAUAUGGCAUGAACCUCCAUCGCUUUCUUACCAUCUCCCGACUGGAAGAGCUCUAUAAUACAAAACAAGGACCCACCAAUAUGCUCUUGCAUCAUCUUGUCCAAGAUGUAAAACAGCACGCCCUUCUCUCAGGCUACAGGAUAACGCUGAUUGACAUUGGACUGGUGAUAGAAUACCUUAUUGGUAGAGCAUAUCGCAGCAGCUAUACCAGAAAAAAUUUCAGAGCCCUCUACAGCAACCUCUACAGAAAACAUAAGCAAGUGACCACUUUUGCUCAAAGCCUUCCCCAGCCCCCUCUUCACCGAAGAUGCUGCUCAGGAAAUAGAAAUGAAUCUGCAGAAAGCACACUGCAUUACCAAUUCAUUAGAACUGCCCAACCUUACAAAGUCAAGGAAAAGUCUGUAUCCCUUCAUAAAUCAAGGAAGAAGUUAAAAGAAAAACAAAAUAUAUCAGAUGACCCUGACUCUACUGGCUUUAUUUAUCCUUAUAAUGACCUGCUGGUUUGGGCUGUGCUAAUGAAAAGGCAGAAGAUGGCCAUGUUCUUCUGGCAGCAUGGAGAGGAGGCCACAGUCAAGGCAGUAAUUGCUUGUAUACUCUACCGAGCAAUGGCCCGGGAAGCCAAGGAGAGCAACAUGGUUGAUGAUGCCUCAGAAGAGCUGAAAAAUUACUCAAGACAGUUUGGCCAGCUUGCCCUGGAUGUGUUGGAGAAGGCAUUCAAACAGAAUGAAAGAAUGGCCAUGAAACUGUUGACCUAUGAACUCAAGAACUGGAGCAAUUCUACCUGUUUAAAACUGGCUGUUUCUGGAGGGUUGAGGCCCUUUGUUUCACAUACUUGUACACAAAUGCUACUGACAGAUAUGUGGAUGGGGCGUCUGAAAAUGAGGAAAAACUCUUGGUUAAAGAUCAUCAUCAGUAUUCUUUUCCCACCCACCAUUUUGACAUUGGAAUUUAAAAGCAAAGCAGAAAUGUCACAUGUUCCCCAGUCCCAGGACUCCCAGUUUACGUGGUAUAAUGGUGACCAGAAUGCCAGCGCUCCCAAAGAAAGUGCUUGUCUGAAAGACUAUGAUUUGGAAAGUGGCCCUGAUGAGAAACCAGAUGAAAAUCAGCACUUUGAUUUAAAGAGUGGGCCCCAAAGCCUCCCAUGGACUAGGAAAGUCUAUGAGUUCUACAGUGCUCCAAUUGUCAAGUUUUGGUUUUAUACGAUGGUGUAUUUGGCAUUCCUCAUGCUGUUCACUUACACCGUGUUGGUGGAGAUGCAACCCCAGCCCACUGUGCAAGAGUGGCUCAUUAUCAUUUACAUCUUCACCAAUGCCGUUGAGAAAGUCAGGGAGGUCUAUAUUUCAGAACCUGGGAAGUUUACUCAAAAGGUGAAGGUAUGGAUUAGCGAGUACUGGAAUCUGAUGGAAACUGUGGCUACUGGCCUGUUUUUGGUGGGUUUUGGCCUUCGGUGGGGUGACCCUCCUUUUUACACGGCGGGAAGACUAAUAUACUGCAUUGACAUCAUAUUCUGGUUCUCACGGCUCCUGGACUUCUUUGCUGUGAAUCAACAUGCUGGUCCCUAUGUGACCAUGAUUGCAAAAAUGACAGCAAACAUGUUCUACAUUGUGAUCAUCAUGGCCAUCGUCCUGCUGAGCUUUGGAGUGGCACGCAAGGCCAUCCUUUCACCAAAGGAGCCUCCAUCCUGGAGCCUUGCUCGAGAUAUUGUGUUUGAGCCAUACUGGAUGAUCUAUGGAGAAGUCUAUGCUUCAGAUAUAGAUGUUUGUUCAAGCCAGCCAUCCUGCCCUCCUGGUUCUUUUCUUACUCCAUUCCUGCAAGCUGUCUACCUCUUCGUGCAAUAUAUCAUCAUGGUGAACCUGUUGAUUGCUUUCUUCAAUAACGUUUACAUAGAUCUGAAAUCCAUUUCAAAUAACCUGUGGAAAUACAAUCGCUAUCGCUACAUCAUGACCUACCAUGAGAAGCCUUGGCUGCCCCCGCCUUUUAUCCUGCUGAGUCACAUUGGUCUCCUCCUUCGCCGUCUUUGCCAUCACCAAGCUCCAAAUGACCAAGAAGAGGGUGAUGUUGGAUUAAAACUCUACCUGAGUAAGGAAGAUCUGAAAAUACUUCACAAUUUUGAAGAACAGUGUGUGGAAAAAUACUUCCAUGAGAAGAUGGAAGGUCUGAAUUGUAGUUGUGAGGAACGAAUCCGAGUGACGUCAGAAAGGGUUACAGAAAUGUGCUUCCAACUGAAAGAAAUGAAUGAAAAGGUGUCUUUCAUAAGGGACUCCUUAUUGUCUUUGGACAGCCAGGUGGGACACCUGCAGGACCUCUCUGCCCUGACAGUGGAUACUUUAAAAGUCCUUUCUGCUGUUGACACCUUACAAGAGGAUGAGGCCCUCCUGGCCAACAGAAAGCAUUCUAUUUGCAGAAAACUUCCCCACAGCUGGAGCAAUGUCAUCUGUGCAGAGGUUCUAGGCAGCCUGGAGAUCUCUGGGAAGAAGAAAUACCAGUGUUAUAGCAUGCCCCCUUCUUUGCUGCGGAGCCUGGCCAGAGGCUGGCAUCCCCCACAAGUGCAGACAGGGCCCUUUCUUGAGAUUACAGACAGAAAGUUUUCCAAUGUAAGAGAUGACCAGGAAGAGCAAAAAACAGAAAAUAGUAUAGUUGCUUCUGGGGUGUCCGUGAACAGGCAGGCACACCCAAAGUAUGGCCAAUUUCUCCUGGUCCCUUCUCAUCUAGAGCAAGUUCCUUAUUCUGCAGAAACCAACUUGCCUCUGUCCAGACCAUCUUUGGAAGCAGGUACAGAUGUGCUGGCAACUGAACAUGUCACCCAGAAUGAGGUCCCUGUUCACGUGACGUGGCAGACCCCGGUUGUCUCAGCCCAGGGCUCAGUGGUGGAAACCAAGGAGCAGUAUGAGUCACUUGCUCAGUUACCAGCCAGACAAGACAAGGGGGAGCAAGUGCUACCCACAUUGAUUUGCACACCUGCACCCAUUAAAGUGACCUCCAUCCCUUCCCAAGUCAAGAGCAUGCAAACUGGAGGUGGAUAUGUGAACUGGGCAUUUUCAGAAGGCGAUGAAACUGGUGUGUUUAGCACCGAGAAACAAUGGCAAACCUGCUUGGCCUCCACUUGUAACUGUGACUCCAAACAGAGUGAACAAUGUCAGAGGCAGAUCCGGGACAGAUCCCUAUCUGAUAACUCAACAAGAUUGGUCCAGAGGGAUUGCUCAGAGGUGGGACCAUGGCUUCAGCAAAACACAUCCCUUCGGAUCAGUCCCCUUCGUAGAGACAGGCCCUUCAUUAGGAGUCAGAGUUUGAGAUUGCACAAAGAGGAGAAAUUGAAGAUCUGUAAGAUUAAAAAUCUUUCAAAAUCCUCAGAGAUAGGACAGUCAAAAUGGAUCAAAGCAAAAAUGCUAACCAAGGAUAGGAAAUUGUCAAAGAAAAAGAAGAAAACACAAGGACUGCAGGUGCCAGUCAUAACAGUCAACACCUGCUCUCAAAGUGACCAACUGAACCCAGAGCCAGGAGAAAAUAAGAUCUCAGAAGAACCGCAUUGCAACAAGAACUGGAUUCCAGUUGCCAAAUUUAGUCAGAUAAGUCUAGAAUCUUACAUAUAUCAGAAAAUGAAAAGUAGAGAAACUGAACGGCAUUCUGUACAAGUCAGUGAUUAUGUAAGGCAGUCUGAAGAGGAUCUAAGCAAAAACUCUUUGUGGAAUUCAGGGAGCACCAAGGUCAAUAGGAACUCUCAGUUGAGAAGUUCAAAUGGAGUUAACAAAAUCUCAACCGCCUUAAAAAGCCCUCAAGAGUCUCACCAUCAUUAUUCAGCCAUUGAAAGGAACAAUUUAAUGAGGCUUUCUCAGACCAUACCAUUUACACCAAUCCAACUGUUUGGAGAAGAAGUAACUGUCUACAGGCUGGAAGAGAGUUCCCCUUUGAAUCUGGAUAAAAGCAUGUCUUCUUGGUCCCAGCGAGGGAGAUCUGCAAUGAUCCAAGUGUUGUCCCAAGAGGAGAUGGAUGGUGGCCUCCGUAAAGCCAUGAGAGUCAUUAGUACCUGGUCUGAGGAUGACAUCCUCAAGCCGGGGCACGUUUUCAUUGUGAAGUCCUUUCUUCCUGAGGUUGUGCAGGCAUGGCACAAAAUCUUCCAGGAGAGUACCGUGCUUCAUCUUUGCCUCAGGGAAAUUCAACAACAAAGAGCUGCUCAAAAACUGAUCUAUACCUUCAACCUAGUGAAACCACAAACCAUUCCCUACACUCCAAGGUUCCUGGAAGUUUUCUUAAUCUACUGCCAUUCAGCCAAGCAGUGGUUGACCAUUGAGAAGUAUAUGACUGGGGAGUUCCGGAAGUACAACAACAACAACGGUGAUGAAAUUGCCCCCAGCAACACCUUGGAGGAGUUGAUGUUGGCUUUCUCUCACUGGACCUAUGAGUAUACUCGGGGAGAGCUGCUGGUUUUAGAUCUGCAAGGUGUUGGAGAAAAUUUGACAGAUCCAUCUGUUAUAAAACCUGAAGAAAAACAAUCAAGAGGAAUGGUGUUUGGACCAGCCAAUUUAGGGGAAGAUGCAAUUAGAAACUUCAUUGCAAAACAUCGUUGCAACUCCUGCUGCCGGAAGCUCAAACUCCCGGAUUUAAAAAGAAAUGACUAUUCCCCCGGAAGGAUAAAUUCCGCCUUUGGACUUGAAAUCAAAACUGAACCAGCUGAGGAGACUCCAGCAGAGGAAGAGGGUAAUAAUUCUCCAGAAGACCUCACACGAUUGUAAAAAAGGGAGAAGUAAAAAGAUGACAGCCCUUGCCCUCCCUUCUAUGAACUCUAUGGUAACAUAGAUUGAUUGAUGUAACACUGGUUAUGUCAGAGCCUCUGCCAGGAUGGCCUUACCCUGAGGGCCUCCUGGGACAUGCCUUCUGAGCCUCAUGUCUCCCCUCCCCAAGGACCUCACUGGUGUAUGAUGAAUGGGUUCUCCUAGAUAUUGACCUGUGUGCAGGGUGCUUUGCAUGUGUUUGUCAUCCUCAAGUUGCACAAGAAGACAGAUGACUCAGCCAGGAAUGCUGCUCCUUCAUACCUCAUUCCUUGGUGCAGAAUGCUGGGCACUAAAGAACCAGGCAGAUAAAUUUAAUUUAUUUUCUUACUAUGUGUUCAGACUCUAACCUCCACUACUAUUCAUCACCUCACCCACAUAUUGUAUUUAUUUAUAUAUGUACAUAAAA